CUGACAAACAAGAUCAAUGGGAGCCUCUCUGCUGGCUGCUAGAGUAACUACCAAUCAAUCACAUUUUGUUUUGCUGACAUAUGGCUGAUUGCCUGACUAUCAGUCACUGACAUAACAAGAGAAAAACUGUUGAUGCGGAACCCAAUUUUGAAAUUCCCCUCGGCCACUAAUUGCCCUUCCCUGGGCUACAGUACCUUAUGCGAGACUUCAGUGUAGGCCUACUAUCUGUGCCAUGGAAGUCCAGACCUCCUGACAGAGAUGGUUGUGUUUUGAAAGUGUCCUGACAGUAGGCGUAUUCACGUUUUUAAAAAUAAUGUUUGAAGAAUGUGUAACUUAAUCAACUACAUUUCCCAAAAUUCCUUGGUCUGACCAUGGUCGCUGUUUUAUCGAGAAAGCAGAAUUCCGAGUACGGAGUCGAAAGAGUUGGCGACGGCGAGGUGUUUAUGGAACGUGUUUUCGUCUGCAAGAAAGAUACGAUUCGGUUCCCGAGACCGGAGGGAGUGUCUACAGAGCGCUGGACUCGGAUUAGCCGCGAGGCAGGAGAGGCAUGCUUCAAAUUCAGAGAGCAAAGUCCAUGGGGGAGAGACCGAGGGAAAUUCAUGGAGUCUAAUGAUUGUUGGAGAUGUAGCAGAGCUGACGGACAACCAGGUCCUUCCAUGGCCCAGGUGCUCCAGUCGGGUCUGACAGAUGACCUCAGCAAGCUGACCUUCAUGACCAGCACCUUGGCCACAGUGUUUGGGAUCCAGGGCUGCAGGCUGACCCACUGUGGCUACACCGGAGAGGAUGGAGUGGAGGUGUCUCUUUCACUUGUUUCUGGUACUUCAGUAGAGAUCUCAGUGCCUAAGUCUGGCGUGGUGGCCGUGACUGAGCACCUGUUGGCCAACAGUGAGGUCAAGCUGGCCGGACUGGGGGCGCGAGACAGUCUGCGGCUGGAGGCAGGCCUCUGUCUCUAUGGCAACAACAUCGAUGAGUCUACUAUUCCUGUGGGGGGGGGGGCAACCCUGUUGUGGACUAUAGGAAAGCGGCGGCGUCAGGCGAAGGAUUUCCCCAGUGCGGAGAUCAAUCUUCCCCAGAUAAAGGUGAAGACAGCGAGGAAGCGUGUGGGUCUGGUGUCCUCGGGACCCCCUGUCAGACAGCACACCCCCAUCCUCAGCCCAGAGGGAAAGGUGAGAUCACCAGUGGUUGCCCCUCCCCCUGCCUGAAGCAGAACAUCGCCAUGGGUUACGUGGAUGCGCCAUACGCCAAGAAUGGAACUCCCAUUCAGGUGGAGGUGAGGAAGAAGCCGGUGGUCACCUAGAAGCCCUUUAUGCCUACGAACUACUACUCUGGCCAGUAGAUCUGUCUCUCAAUGGACACCCAGUUUAUGCGAUCAGCCUGCAUGCCAGUGGAUAGUGACCUGACCAGACAUACCUUCUCCCACCAGAGUUCAGUUUAUCAGAGCAAUUCUGCCCCCUUGUGUUUACCUCGAGCAUUGACACUCAAAGCUGAAGGACUGCGAGGCUUCUUUAGCAACAGAGAACGGGUUAUGUGUGUGUGGCCUCGCCUUCAGCCACAGCUCAACACAACUAUAAACACAGCUGAACCCUUGAUGAUGAGGCUUUUCACUCCUGUUAUCUGAAGCGUGUUAAUUGUCCUCAGACCACAGUGAAUUGUAUGAAUGAGCCAUACGGUUGGAAGGACAGGACAGGGAAAUCGCUGACUGGUCCUCAAAAGCAGCGUAACGUGCUACGUAAACCAAGAGACAAAGCAGGAUGUCGCUUGAACAGGACUAGUGUGCAAAACUUAUUUUCUCCUUUCUAAUACCAAUUAGACGUUGAAUUUAAAAAAACGUGCAUUUUGCAGGCUUCGUGACCCAAUGACAUGUGUGUUAGAUAAAUGUUCACUAAUUACUAACCUAAUACUAUAUAUCAACAGGACCAAACUCUCCAUAUGAUUCCAAAUUGUGAUAUUAUAUGUCAUUAGGCUUGUACAAUGAUCUUAGUUCCCAACAACAUUCCCAACAAAGUGAAACGUAACAAUACAAUACAUGGUGUGUAGUGGAGGGAAAGUGCAGCUCAUCCCCUUUUUUUUAACCUUCAACAAAUGACCCACAUUUUACGGAGAAAUUCGCCGAAAGUAUAGAGACCUUUACUUUUUUUCACAGGGGACCGGCGAUAAGUUUUACACAACUAUAUAUUUUUCUCCCACCGCUGCAUCACUGAUGAUAUGCGUUAACGUGUGGCCAAAAAUCUUACAAGAAAGCUUUAGAAACUAUAAGUGGGACUAUUGUAAAGUAACUUAGAGGUGUUCGGGGUCUCGCAUCUCCCCUGUACGACUGAAAUAUUGUCUCAAUGUUUUGGGAUUGACGUGUGAAUGCCUUCAUUUUGUAUAGCUAGGUAAUUAUGUCGUUUUGUAUCUAGCACCCUUCUAUUUUCCUUGUCAUAUAGGGUGUAAUUCACAAUAUAAUACACAUUUCCCGUCGUUGCGGGAUGCCUUAACUUUGAAGAAAUUGCCUUGUAUUUUUGGAGGUCACUAUUUUCAUGGCAUCAUGACUCCACUAGAUCGAAGUUAAAUAUUAUCUUUCACUGAUCUCAGUCGCUAAAAUGUGCUCAUUAACUGCGAGUACGAUUGCCAUAUUUGUAUGGACUAUAGUCACUGUUUAUUCAUGCAUUAGUCAAUGGAGAUUGAUUAAUGCACUGUGUUUUUGUCCAUUUAACUGAGAUUGUGUUGU